GCUUAAUUUUAGUGGAAAGGCAGUUUUACAUGCGCAAGGAGUAGAUUUUAGUAAUGGUAAUAGUUACAAAAUUAAUAUGGAUGAAUUACAAGUAAUGGAAGAAAUUGGGAAGGGACAAUAUGGAACAGUACAAAAGGAAAUCCGCCUUGAACUUGAUGAAGCAAAAUUAAAUCAAAUAUUAAUGGAGCUGGAUAUUCUCCAUAAAGCCAAGAGUGACUAUAUUGUGGAUUUUUAUGGAGCUUUUUUCAUUGAAUCCUGUGUAUAUUAUUGUAUGGAGUAUAUGGAUGCUGGAUCAUUAGAUAAAUUAUACGGAGAUGGAGUACCAGAAGAUGUGCUUGCAAAAAUCACAACUAGUACAUACACUGUGCAAUCAGAUGUUUGGUCUCUUGGAUUAGCCAUGGUUGAACUUGGAACCGGAAAAUAUCCAUAUCCUGUUCCGGAUAAGAAUGAACAAAUUAGUAUGUUUGUUCAAUUAAAUGCUAUCGUUACGGGAACACCGCCAUCGUUACCUGAGGAUAAAUUUUCAGAAGAGUUAAAAUAUGAGGAGAUUGAAGUCAACAUGAAAGCAUGGGCAGAAGAAGCAUUCUCUUUAUCGAGGAAUGGAAAUAAUGGGAAUAAUGGGAAUGGACCAUAG